AUGUCUGGAGCCCAUCGCCGGUCCCAGGCCCUGGCCCACGAGGCACCUCAGAGGCCUGCAGAAGGCCGCCGGGCAGCCUCUCCGGACAGGCACCUGGGGGCACCCCAGGGGAGAGGGGCUGUGAGUCUCAGAGGGGAGCGCCGGCCUUCCCACAAGGACAAUCCCCCGCUGGGGGCCAAGGGCCAGGAGGAGCCCUCAGCUGGGAGCGCCCAGAGACCUCACCCGGCCUCCGCCAGGGAGGAAAGCACACGGCCUCUCUGCGGAGAAGGAACCGGGGGAAAGCUGUCCUCUCAUGGGGUCAAGAAGAGGAAGGAAAGAGGGGGCAGCAGCCCCCAGACGUCUACGCCUCCAUCGGAGGUGGCUUCAGACAACCCCGAGAAGAAGCGAAAGCACAAACACUCAGGGGAAAUACAGUCUCACAAAUAUGAGCAGCGUCUACACGGCUUAGAUGCAGGAAAGGGGCCAGGGGGCCUGCUGCCCACGGUUAGGGAGAAGGUUGGGGACAACCCCAGGACUCCAGAAGGGAAUGUCAGAACUCCUCACCUGGGAAGGAAACCAGCAGGCCCCCCGUCUGAGAUGGAGGAGGCAGUGGCCAUGGCGGCGGCGGCGGCGGAGGCAGAGGAGGAGGAAUACGACCCGCCCAGCAUGUCCUUUGAGGCCUACCUCACCUACGACGGGCCUCCAUCAGAAAAGGCUUCAGAAAACCCGGUGAAAAGGCAAAACCACAAAGACUCAGGAACGAGCCAAUCGGACAAAGCCAAACAGAGUCGACACGGCUCAGACGCAGGAAAGGGGGCAGGUGUCCUGCCGCCCAAGGUGAGACAGAAGGAUGGGAGUAACCUCAAGACUCCAGAAGGGAAAGGCAAAACUCCUCACUUGGGUGCAGGGGAGGGGCACGGCGGCCUGCUGCCCAAGGUGAGGGAGAAGGAUGGGGACACGUGUAAGACACCAGAAGGGAAGGUCAAAACUCCACACUUGGGAAGGAAGGUGGCGGGUCCCCCGCCUGAAGUGGAGCAGGAAUUGGACGUGCCCACCAUGUCUUCUGAGGCCUUCCACACCCACCACCAGCCUCCCGCCAGGAAAGAGAAGAAGAGUGUCAAGCCUCCAGCCACUGCACUGGAAGGAAUGAGUCUGAGGAAAGAGGAAAUGACCAGCGCCCAGGCAGAGAUGGGCAAGUCUGAAAAGAGACCGCCACCUGCAGCAGCGGGGGCCAGGCUCCCACUGGUACCCCCUCCCAGGUCAACCGCCUGGCCAGACCUCGGGCUCUGCCCGGGCCAGCUCAGUGACCCCCCACUUCCUGCCUUUGCAUCCACAUCCUCCUUCCAACCCAGGCAAAGGGGCCCGCCUUCCCCUGGCAAAGAGGAAGGAGCUCGGCUGAUGGGAAUCAGGCUGCACUCCAGGACACUGGUGUUCUCUGGGUCCAAGAGGGCAGGUCGGCGCAAAAUGAUCACUAUGCUCCAGCAGUGUGUCCAGACACUGCAGAACAAUGUCAACUUGCUCUCUCAACAGAGAGGAGUCCCGUGUUCUCUUCUCCAACACGCUGUGGAGAGUGACACACCUGAGGAGCCGCCUGGCCUGGAGGAACACCAUGAAGCACCAGCUGCAGAGACAGAUCCCUUCUGGAAGCAGCAGCAGUGUCACCACGCCUUGGAGAAAGAAAGGCGGGUAGAACACACGGCACAGCUGCGGCCCCAAGAGCAGGAGGUCCCAGAACUGGUCCUGCACCUCAGCGCCAACAGGCCCCAGGACACACCAGCAAAGAGGGCUUUUUCAGAAUCAUCUGAAAGAGGAGGAGCAGGAGCAGCUGUCCAGGAAAAAGCCCCGCCUGCCCCAGCCCCUGCAGCAGACACCAGGGCUCCCUCUGACCCUGCCAGUCGCCACAGCUGUCACGCCAUCCCUGGGAAGCGAGUGGUCAGCGGCCAGAAGCCUGUGAAGAAGAUGGCACCGCUGAUGGACAAGUCCAUUAAAGAUUACAAGUGGACCUACUUCCUACGAUGA